ACAAAAAAAUCCGUACCAUUUUUCCCCAUACUUAAACCAAAAAAAAACUCAUCUUUCUUUUAUAAAAUAAACUCCUCACACACAGACACAGUUGUCAUCUUCCUCAAAUCUCUCUUUUUUUUUUCCACUUUCUCUCUCCUCUUUCAAUAUUUCCGCGCAAAAAUCCCCCAAAAUAAUCUUCCCCAAAUCUUCACUUUUCUCUCUCUAAUAAUAUGAUUUUCAGUAUCUUGACUUUUGCCGCCAUAGCUGUUUCUACUUGAUCUCAUUUGUUCUCUCUCUCCUCCAUUGUUGUUUUCUUCCAGAUGGCACUCUGUCAUUGGUUGAUACUCUUGUUUGCUUUCUUCGGCAUUGCUAGUGCUCUUAAAGCUUCUGAAGGUGAUGCUGAUCUAAUUUACAGGGAUUGCGUAGAGCAUUGUCAGGAGACUGGUUGUGUUGGAAGCCAAUGCUUUCAGCAUUGCAUAUUCACUGCUGAUGGUAACAUCUCUGAUGGUCGGUGGUACCUCCAAGAACCUCUCUAUUUGAAAUGGAAACAAUGGGAUUGCCACAGUGAUUGCCGAUACUAUUGUAUGCUUGCAAGAGAGGAAGAAAGGAGAAAGCUUGGCCAGAAACCUGUCAAGUAUCAUGGAAGAUGGCCUUUUCGUCGUGUUUAUGGGAUUCAGGAACCUGUUUCUGUAUCUCUUUCGGCACUGAACCUUGCAAUACAAUUUCACGGUUGGAUAUCUUUUUUCAUUCUUGUUUACUACAAAUUGCCUUUGACUGAUAGGCGGAAGACAUACUAUGAGUAUUCCGGCUUGUGGCAUGUCUAUGGUGUCUUAGCAAUGAACUUUUGGUUCUGGGCUGCUGUUUUCCACAGUCGAGAUCUGGACCUGACAGAGAAGCUAGGCUACUCAUCUGCUGUCGCUUUGCUUGGAUUUGGUCUUAUAGUGGCUAUCUUUCGAGUUUUUGACAUAAAGCUAGAAGCCUCUAGGGUGAUGGUUGCUGCACCACUAAUCGCAUUUGUGACAACACACAUCUUGUAUCUGAACUUCUACACUCUUGACUAUGGUCUGAACAUGAAAGUGUGUCUAGUCAUGGGUUUGGCUCAGCUGCUACUUUGGGCUGUAUGGGCUCGUGUUAGUCAGCAUCCUUCGCGUUGCAAGUUAUGGGUAGUGGUGUCUGGGGGAGCUCUUUCUAUUUUCUUGGUGAUUUAUGAUUUUCCACCCUACUGGGAACUUGUGGAUGCCCUUGCUGUGUGGCAUGCUAUCACCAUUCCUCUAUCUUACUUUUGGUGGAGCUUCAUUAAGGAUGAUGCAGAAUACAGAACAUUAACUCUAUUGAAGAAGGCCAAGUAGAAUUCCUGCACAGACUCGUUAAAGGAGUAGAUAUGUAUGUGUCUGGCAUUUUCAUCCGUUUUUUCUCUCGCCAUUUGUGCAUCUUCCUAGGAUGCUUGCAUGGUGGGGGCUUCUGCUUUGAUACACCUUGGUGGCUAGAAGAACGGAGGUUGUUUCCACAUUGAUGUGUUGACUAGGAUAUUUGAGGAAGACGUUUAGUGUAAACAUUAUGUUUGGUCUUCCUCAAAUCUCAUGUACUAUUAAGUUUUUUCAGCUUCGUCUGAUUGACUGUCUAUCCUUUCUGUUUAAGAUUCAUUUCUUUAUUUGGCAAUUCAGGGGUUGUUAUUUCUAUCGCAAAUAGAUUUAGUAAAAUUGGGCAUCUCAUUAAAACAUGUACCAUUUUGGUACUUUUAACAUUAUUCUCUUCUGCCCUUUUUCGGGUUAAAGGGGCUACAUAUGAGUAAUUCUGUUGAUUUUGGUUGUGUA